AUGGUGAGUUGGUAACGACGGUCAGCUCUGGUUUUUUAUGUUAGAAACUAUAAAUUCGAUUGAUUUCUAAACAAAAUUUUGAAAAAGAACCCAGCAAUUUCAUUCUCUCUGGUUUCUCUUCUUCUUGUGAAUUGAUUUUGGUCGGAAAAGAAAGAUUGGAAAAUGGCUGUGAAGCAAACGUUUUACUUAUCUCACGGGUCGCCGAUGAUGUCAAUAGACGAGAGCAUACAGGCAAGACAUUUUUUCCAAUCGUGGCGACACGAAACAUAUAAAGACAGGCCAAAGGCCAUUCUUAUGGUCUCCGGCCACUGGGAUACCCGUGAACCAGCCGUUAACGUCGUUGACCGCAACAACACCAUCUACGAUUUCUAUAACUUCCCCGACGCCAUGUACAAGCUCAAGUACCCAGCGCCAGGAGCUCCGGAGUUGGGGAAGCGGGUGAAGGAACUGCUAUUGGCAUCCGGCUUUAAGCAUGUUCAUGAGGAUAAAAAAAGGGGACUUGAUCAUGGUGCCUGGGUUCCAUUGAUGUUCAUGUAUCCGGGGGCUGACAUCCCAAUUUGUCAGCUUUCUAUUCAAUCAGGUCAAGAUGGUACUUACCAUUAUAACAUGGGCAGGGCAUUGGCCCCUCUCAAGGAGGAAGGCAUCCUCAUAAUUGGAUCAGGAGCUACUACUCACAACUUGAGGGACAUUUACCCUAAUGGCGCUCCUACUCCUCCUUGGGCUUUGCAGUUUGAUGCCUGGCUUAAAGAUGCUCUUCUUCAAGGAAGAUACGAAGAUGUGAAUCACUUUUAUGCGAGGGCACCUCAGGCAAAAAAGGCUCAUCCUCAUCCAGACCACUUUUACCCAUUGCAUGUGGCAAUGGGUGCUGCAGGUGAAAAUGCCAAGGCCAAACUUGUGCAUCACAGCUGGAGCAAUGGUUCCCUUUCUUAUGCUUCUUAUCAGUUCACUGCUGCCGAAUGAAUGUGCUACACUGCUUUGUUAAUUCUCCAUUCGCAGAGCAAUAAAAGCCAUAAUGCUGAAGUAUAAACUCCUGUAACUACUUCUAAGAUGUUGUUCAUAUACAAAUUUGUGCUUAUAUUAUGAUUUGUGCUUUGUUAUUAUUUUUAUGUCACAUUGCUAUGAUCCUCAAUGCAUUCAUUCUGAAAUGAGAGUUGUAUUAUAUGCUGCACUAUACAUAGUGUGGUUGUUUCAAAUGAAGUAGCAAUUGGACUCUUGUAAGAUGGA